CACAAGUCGAAGGCUUCCCUUCUUCAAGGACAACUCGAUGUACCAAGCUCAUCCUGCCAAGAUGCUCUGCUUACUGGCGGGAAACAGAUGACCAGGGACCUGUUGCCAGCUACGUAUUCCGUACACUGCCUAGCAAGCACUGUCCACGUUGAGACGAGUGUCACGACCGUCAACCUCGACCUUUGUUCGCCUCCGCCAAUAUGGAGAUACCCAGCACUCCUCAGAGACCUGACUACCGCCUCAGCGGGCUCUCACACUUCAUUCCCUUGAACGACGACUCUCCUGGCGCAGUGUCAACCCGAGGCCAACGUCUCCCAAGUCUUCUCCAGUCUCGAUCGACCACCUCUCUUUUCAGCCUACCCAAGCGUGGCCGCCAACCCCAGCCCCGUCGCGGCUCCUUCACGAGCCACCACAGCACCGAAGACGAAGAACAUGGCGUGUCAGUCGACGAACUAGAGCCGCUGCGCAAGAGGCGUAGUGCGCACUCGCCGAUGGAAAUCGACGCGCGAAGAAUGAGCCUGGGACCCGAGAUCCUCAAUACUCCUCCGAUGCGCAGCAUGCGGCUCAUCGGGCAAAGCAAUCCCAGAUAUUUUUGGCACAAAUAUUACAAGACAGAGGAGGAGCUGGCACGGAUGAAGAAGCCCAUCCGGAAAUACUACGAGCGCAACAAUUUCCUGAUUGCUCAGUACAUGUACAUUGACAGACUGCUCGACUCAAGCCUCCCACACGAUCUGAUCCAGGAGUACAAUCAACCCGCGAAUGGAAAUGGGUACACAUCCACUAUGAAGACCAUAUCCGAGGAACGAGAAUUGGGCAGCACCACAUCAAUGACGGCCCUCUCCAACGCCAACAGCAACAGCAAUGCCAACGCCAACGCCAACGCCAACGAGCCCCCGACACCGACCGACACCAGGCUCAAACGCACGCCCAAGAACCUUUACAAGUUGCCCAACAAUGAAAACACUCCCUUGCUAGCAGACGAAGAACACGGCAGCGAACCCUUCCCCGACAUCAACCUCGACGAUCUAGACGAGAACGUCGAACUCGAUGACCCCAUCGUUGCGAUCGCUGUCUAUGUCAACCUCGCCGCGAAUAUUGUCCUACUUGCGGGCAAAAUCGCGGUGAUAAUCAUGACCUCGUCACUGUCCGUGCUCGCCUCCUUGGUUGACGCAGCGCUCGACUUCAUCAGUACGGCCAUUGUUUGGACAACCACGAAACUCAUCUCGCAACAAGACCAGUACGCGUAUCCGGUCGGCCGCCGGCGCCUCGAACCCGUGGGAGUCCUAGUCUUCAGCAUUAUCAUGAUCACCUCCUUCUUCCAGGUAAGCCUAGAGUGCUUCAACCGGCUCCUCUCGCCAGACCACAGCGUCGUCGAACUCGGCAUCCCCGCCAUUGCCAUCAUGCUCAGCACCGUCGCAAUCAAGGGCUUCUGCUGGUUCUGGUGCCGUCUCGUGCGCAAUUCCUCCGUCCAAGCGCUCGCCCAAGACGCCGCGACAGACGUCGUCUUCAACACAUUCUCCAUCAUCUUCCCGCUCGUCGGCUACUACGCUCGCGUCUGGUGGUUGGACGCCCUGGGCGGCCUUCUCCUGUCGUUGUACGUCAUAUUCAACUGGAGCAAAACCAGUUCGGAACACGUCCGGAACUUGUGCGGCGCUGCGGCGACCGCCGACCAGCGCAACGUCCUGCUCUACCUGACCAUGCGCUUCGCCAAGACGAUCCGGUACAUCCAAGGACUGCAGGCGUACCACGCAGGCGACAAGUUGAACGUCGAGGUCGACAUCGUGCUCGAUGAGAACAUGAGCCUCCGCGAUACGCACGAUCUCAGCGAGAGUCUGCAGUACGUCUUGGAGAGUGUGCCCAUGGUCGACCGCGCGUUCGUGCACGCCGAUUAUGCCAUGAUGAAUCUGCCCAGCCAUAUGAAUCAGCAGAGUUAGAGUUGAUUUUUUGGUCGUGGGUCUUCGCGCGAUACUACGGAUAAUUGUCUCUUUGAAAGGGCCACUGGUCCCGUUAGAUUUUGGAGUGUGUAACUAUUACUGUUACUAUUACCGUUACUAUCCUGUUACUAUUAGUAUUAGUAUUACUACAUACUGCGACCGUCGCAAAAGAAUGGGUGGGAAUAGACGAGGACGAUGCAAUUGCCGCAGAAGGAUAGGGCCAGAUUUUGCAGGCGGCAAGGAAGAUCAGGACAGGAUUUAGUUGCUAGACACAGAACCUGAUAUUCGAUCUCCCGCCAAAAAUGAGGUGGUAUACUCCGUAUUCAGAAUUAAUAUCUUCG